CAGAGAUUUUCUUCACGCUUCCACGCGACAGAUGGUAGGUCAAGCCAUCUCUUUUUACAUAACUGAAUGAUCUUGGUGGAUGCUCUUUGCAUUGCGCCGAACACUCGGGAGCAGAGGUCUUGCGCUUCCUAGGUCCUUGCUCUUUGCGAAGUCGAACUAUGCCAGUCGCACAAAUCGCUUCUCGAUAGCACCCAGACAUCAACCCGCAUAUUCCACGAUGGCCAGUCCGCCCGCUCUCGACAGGGCGCUCUCGCUCACAAACCGCUGCGGCGAGAGCAAGAGCCCGUAUGUGAGGAGCCACAAGGACAAUCCCACUGCAUGGCAACUGUGGAAUCCAGAAACGCUCGAGCUGGCGCGAAAGACCAACCGACUGCUCUUCGUCUCUAUCGGAUAUUCCGCAUGCCAUUGGUGUCAUGUCAUGGCCCAUGAGAGCUUCGACGACCCGCGUAUUUCACGAUUGCUGAACGAAAAUUUCAUCCCUGUGAAAAUUGAUCGUGAAGAGCGUCCGGACAUUGACAGGCAGUACAUGGACUUUCUCCAGGCUACCAAUGGCGGCGGCGGUUGGCCUAUGAAUGUUUUUGUCACUCCCGAUCUCGAACCCGUAUUUGGAGGCACAUACUGGCCUGGUCCUAAGAGCGAGAGAUUGCAGGCAGCGGGAGGCUUUGAGGAUAUUUUGAUCAAGAUCGCAACAACUUGGAAAGAGCAAGAAGCUAGAGUAAGACAGAGUGGUAAAGAGAUCACCAGACAGCUUCGCGAAUUUGCGCAAGAAGGCAGCAUUGGCGGUAAGAACGGUCGCACAGACGAUGAAGACGAACUGGAGCUGGAUUUGCUCGAUGAUGCCUUCCAGCACUACAAGAUGCGUUACGAUCCCAAGCACCAUGGCUUUGGAGGAGCGCCUAAAUUCCCGACUCCGGUGCAUAUUCGUCCUCUGCUCAGAGUUGCAGCCUAUCCAAGUGUGGUGCGCGAGAUUGUUGGGGAAAAGGAGUGCGUAGAGGCGCGCGCAAUGGCCGUGAAUACCCUUGCGGCGAUGGCGAAGGGCGGUAUCAAAGAUCAGAUUGGCCACGGAUUCGCGAGAUACUCGGUCACACGGGACUGGAGCCUGCCGCAUUUCGAGAAAAUGCUUUACGAUAAUGCUCAGUUGCUACCUGUGUAUCUGGACGCUUAUCUAUUGACAAAAUCGCCCUUGUUCCUGGAAACUGCCAUUGACAUCGCCACCUAUUUGACGAGCCCCCCAAUGCAGUCUCCGCUCGGGGGCAUUUGUUCCGCCGAGGAUGCAGACUCUUCACCUACCGUCUCCGAUAAAGAAAAGCGCGAAGGCGCGUACUAUGUCUGGACCUUUGACGAGUUCAAACAGGUGCUGGGUGAUGCUCAAGUCGAUAUUUGCGCCAAGUACUGGAAUGUCCGUCCUGAGGGCAACAUCGAUCAGCGAUCUGAUGCGCAAGGCGAGCUCGCGGGGCAGAAUACACUGUGCGUACAAUACGACAUUCCGGAUCUAGCCAAGGAGCUUGGACUGCCCGAGGAUGAAGUGAAACAAAUGAUUCUGGAUGGUAGACAGAAACUGCUUGCGCAUCGGGAAAAGACUCGGCCCAGGCCUGCACUGGACGACAAAAUCGUGACAUCUUGGAACGGGUUAGCUAUUGGUGGUCUUGCGCGUACGAGUGCUGUCUUGCAAUCAAGUGCGCCGGCUCAGGCAACGCGUUAUUUGUCCAGCGCGGUCAGAGCGGUCACGUGCAUACAAGAGCAUUUAUUCGAUCCGGCAACCGGCACUCUCAAGAGAGUGUAUCGCGAAGGGCCCGGAGAAACUCAAGGAUUCGCUGACGAUUACGCCUUCUUCGUUUCCGGAUUGCUUGAUCUCUAUGAGGCCACGUUCGACAGCCGGUGGCUUGAGUUCGCCGAAACUCUACAGAAGACCCAAAACAAGCUGUUCUGGGAUGAUUUGAAGUAUGGCUUCUUCUCGACACCAGCCGAUCAACCUGACAUUCUCAUCCGGACCAAAGAUGCAAUGGAUAAUGCCGAGCCAAGCGUCAACGGGGUUAGUGCUGCGAACUUGUUCCGCUUGGGGUCUUUGCUCAAUGACGCGGAAUACGAGAAGAUGGGUCGACGAGUCGUGGCGUGCUUCGAAGUCGAAAUCGAGCAGCAUCCUGGCUUGUUUAGCGGCAUGCUGUCGAGCGUUGUGGCAUCAAAGCUGGGAAUGAAAGGCCUCAUGAUCGUUGGCGAGGGCGAUGCGGCGGAAGCAGCUUUGAAGAAGGCUCGCGAGACCGUGCGACCCAACUACACCAUCCUCCGUAUUGGAGGCGGAUCGAACAGCGAGUGGCUGAGAAACCGUAAUGCGCUGCUGAAAGACCUCCCGCCUGAGAGAAAUAUGGUUCAGCUUUGUGACGGUGGUGCUUGUAGAUGUUUAGAUUUGAAACAGAUAGAGGACGGGCUGUUCUAAAAGCAGUAUACUGCUGCUGUAUGUACUGAGAUGAAUGUAUUGCUGACGGAACCCUG